AAAACCAACUAUACCAAGUUAUCAUAGAUAUGCAAUAAAUUAUCAUUUUUUUUUUAAAUUGCAAUAAAUGAUUAUUAACAAUUAUUCUUUUGUUCAUUUUCAAUUUGCUAGGCUACUUACCAAACAUAAUGGAGAUUCCUUAGUUCUCAACCCGGAUUUCCAAGCUUUGCAUAUUUUUUCAUACGUUUCAAAGUCAAAUUAUUAAUUUAAAUAAAUAAGGUUUCUUCAAUCCCUUCCUCAAAUCUCAUGUUGGAUUUCUUUUGACCAAUAUGGCAUGAAAAAUCACAACAAAAAAAUUGAGAAACAAAAAAAGUCAUGAAAACAAUAAAAAAUUAUUACAAAAAAUUAAUUUAUAAUGUUAUUCUGAUGACAAAUGCGUGUAUUUGUUGCUGUGGUUUUUCAUAUAAACUUACCAACCAACAAAAACAGUGAUAACUUUCCAAAUUUUGUUUGUGAAAGUAAUGGCUUUAGUCAAAUACAAACAAUAUGAACAAACAAUCCAAAUCCAAUUCUAGAAAGAAAAGCAAAUUAUGCUUCAGCCUUGUCUGUGGCUCGUUGAGUCGGAUUCCGUGGUCAAACCCCAUGUCCUGAUGUUACCCCGAAGUAACCAGUCAACAUGGGCGGCUCAUCAGCCCCUUGCUUCGAAUGUCUCAUUUUCCCAUCAAAGAACAAGCACCAUAACCAAAAACUGAUUAAUAUUGAGAUUAUUUCCCAUUUUUUGUUUUGGAAAAGGUACUGUUGGCAAACGUUUCUUCCAAGCUUGGUCUCUGGUCUUCAGUGCAGGCUCUGUGUUCUUCCACUGACUUUACGAAUACGUUUACAACUUUUUAUUUUUUAUAUAUAUAUAUAUAUAUAUUUUGUCUUACUCCAAAAUUCAUUUCUCAAUUCUUCUCAUGUUUUUAUUUGAUGGUUGUGUAAGUAACUCAUUACUGCAAAAGUAAAUUUAACAAGAUGAAGAGGAAGAAGAUCAUGUCAGGAGACCAAGUUGUUCCAUGCCGUUUCAUUUUGUUUAUAUUCUUAAUCCUGAUUACAGGUACUAUUGUGGCCGGAGAUUCUUUAGACACAGACAAAGAAGUUCUGCUGAAUCUGAAAUCAUUCCUGGAAGAAAAGAAUCGCGUAAAUCGAGGAAGAUACACAGAAUGGAACGCUGACAGCUCGACACCAUGUCAGUGGCAUGGAAUCUCUUGUUCUCCUGAUGGGCAAAGAGUAAUUGGAAUAGACCUCUUUGACAACUAUAUUUCUGGGGAAAUGUUCAAUAACUUCUCAGCCUUAACCGAACUUCAAGAACUUGAUCUCUCAAGUAACACCAUUGGUGGAGCCAUACCUGACGAUUUGAACCUAUGCAGAAGCCUUGUAUACCUCAACUUAUCACAUAAUAUCCUAGAAGGAGAGCUGAACCUGACAGGGUUGAAUAGUUUACAGAAGCUUGAUUUGUCUACUAAUAGGAUUCGAGGGGAAAUUAAAGUUAAUUUUCCAGCAAUUUGCAAUAGACUGCUUGUUGCAAACCUUUCAACUAAUAAUUUCACCGGUGGUAUAGAUAGCUGCUUUGAUGAAUGCUGGAAUCUGCAGUAUCUGGACUUGAGCUCCAAUAAUUUUGUUGGCAAUAUAUGGAAUGGAUUUGCAAGGCUUGUGGUGUAUUCACUUUCUGAGAACUUUGUUUCUGGGACACUUUCAAGAUCAAUGUUUACAAGUAAUUGUAGUUUGCGGAUUUUGGACCUUUCACAAAACAAUUUUCGGGGUGAACUUCCAGGGGAGAUUUCAAAUUGCAAGAACUUGACUAUCUUGAAUAUAGGGGAAAACAAAUUUAAAGGGCCAAUUCCAUUAGAGAUAGGGACGAUUUCGACUCUUAAAGGUUUGCUCUUGGGGAACAACAGUUUUUCUAGGUUGAUUCCAGAAUCCCUAUUGAACCUGACGAAAUUGACCUUUUUGGAUUUGAGCAAGAACAAUUUUGGUGGGGAUAUACAAAAGAUUUUUGGGAGAUUCACACAGUUGAAGUUUCUUGUACUAGACGGAAAUUCAUACUCAGGAGGGAUUAGUUCUUCUGGUAUUCUCAAGCUACCAAACAUUUCUCGUUUAGACCUGAGUUAUAACAAUUUCUCAGGCCCAUUACCUGUUGAAAUCUCUCAAAUGCAAAGUUUGAAUUUCUUGAUGCUGGCCUACAAUCAAUUUACAGGUACUAUACCACCUGAGUAUGGAAACUUGCCGCAGUUACAAGCCCUUGAUCUCUCCUUCAACAGGCUUUCUGGAUCAAUCCCACCAGCCCUCGGAAAAUUGAGCUCUCUUUUAUGGUUAAUGCUUGCAAACAACUCCCUUAGUGGUGAAAUUCCACCUGAUCUCGGAAACUGCAGCAGCUUGUUAUGGCUAAACCUCGCCAAUAAUCAAUUUUCUGGAAGAAUCCCUGCUGAGUUGGCAAAGAUUGGGAGAAAUGCUACUUCAACUUUUGAAUCAAAUCGGCUCCGCAAUGACAGCAUGCUUCCUGGUUCUGGUGAGUGCUCGGCAAUGAAGAGGUGGAUACCAGCAGACUAUCCACCUUUCAGUUUUGCGUAUACAAUUCUCACGAGGAAGACUUGCAGGCACAUAUGGGAUCAGUUGCUUAAAGGUUAUGGCCUUUUCCCAAUGUGCACUGCCGGUUCAAUGGUGAGAAUAUUACAAAUCUCAGGUUAUCUUCAACUUAGUGGGAAUAAGUUUUCGGGUGAGAUCCCUUCAGAUGUUGGAAUGAUGAGGAAUUUCAGUAUGCUUCACUUGGGUUUCAAUGAGUUCAAUGGUAAACUGCCUGCACAGAUUGGACAGUUGCCACUUGUAGUCCUAAAUAUCACCCAAAACAAAUUUUCAGGAGAAAUUCCAGCAGAGAUUGGGAAUCUCAAAUGCUUACAGAAUGUAGAUUUGUCAUACAAUAAUUUUUCUGGCAUAUUUCCAACAAGCUUCAAAAACCUGACUGAACUGACCAAGUUUAACAUUUCAUACAAUCCGCUCAUUUCUGGUGUAAUUCCAUCAACUGGGCAAUUGGCAACGUUCGAGAAGGAGUCCUACCUGGGAGAUCCGCUACUGGAUGUUCCAGAUUUUAUUGACAAUAGAACAGAUAACCGGCCAAACGAUCGUCAGAGGCAGAAGAAACCUGCCAUGUUGGCUGUGCAUUUGGUGUUAUUAGCUCUGACAUUGGCCUUUGUAGUUCUCGGGGUUGUAUUACUUUUGGUUUGCAUAUUGGUGAAAACUCCAGCACAACCGCAAGGUUAUCUCUUACAGGAUACAAAGUAUAGACCUGAUAUGGCAUCUAGCUCUGGCCGGUCAUCACCAUGGUUAUCAGACACUGUCAAGGUCAUCCGUUUGGACAAAACAGCUUUCACACAUGCUGACAUUUUGAAGGCUACAGUUAAUUUUUCAGAGGAUAGGAUUCUUGGAAAGGGAGGAUUUGGAACAGUUUACCGAGGUGUAUUGCCUGAUGGGAGAGAAGUAGCAGUGAAAAAGUUACAAAGAGAAGGAAUUGAGGGCGAAAGGGAGUUUCGGGCUGAGAUGAAGGUUCUUAGUGGAAAUGGUUUUGGUUGGCCGCACCCUAACCUUGUAACACUUUAUGGUUGGUGCCUUGAUGGCGUAGAGAAAAUAUUGGUUUAUGAGUACAUGAGAGGUGGGAGCCUGGAGGAUCUUAUAUCAGAUAGAGUUCGGUUAACAUGGCGGAGAAGGAUCGAUGUGGCAGUCGAUGUUGCCCGAGCAUUAGUAUUUCUACAUCAUGAAUGCUACCCUGCAAUUGUGCACAGGGAUGUUAAGGCUAGCAAUGUCCUGCUAGAUAAAGAUGGGAGGGCAAGAGUCACAGAUUUUGGUCUAGCUAGAGUUGUUGAUGUUGGAGACAGCCAUGUGAGCACAAUGGUGGCAGGAACUAUUGGUUAUGUAGCACCAGAAUAUGGGCAGACUAUGAAAGCUACUACGAAAGGCGAUGUGUACAGUUAUGGGGUGUUAGCAAUGGAACUUGCAACUGGAAGGCUAGCUGUGGAUGGAGGGGAAGAAUGCCUAGUGGAAUGGGCCAGACGUAUCAUGGGAAAUGGCCAAAAUGGAUUAGGUCGAGCUGUAACGCCAGUGGUGCUUUUGGGAUCCGGGCUAGCUGAGGGGGCAGAGGAGAUGUGUGAGCUGCUUCAGAUUGGGGUCAGAUGCACAGCAGAAGCUCCACAAGCUAGACCAAACAUGAAAGAGGUGCUAUCUAUGCUAAUUAGAAUAACAAGCAGUGGGGAAGAUUUCAAUUAUUGCAUCUCAUGAUAGCUGGUUAAAGAACUCAAAGUGUCCAUAGGUUAGGAUGUCAAAUAGUUUACAGAUAAACAGGUUUAAAACACAUAAAUUUUCUUGUCAUGAUUCUUCUGUAAAGAGCCUUUCCCAUUCGUUAUGUUGAAAGAAUUUAAUCAAUUUUGUUCCCAGUCAGUUUCAUGGAAAAUUUUAGCAAUCAGCUUCUUUUAUUUGUUUGUUUUAUGGAUGAAUGAAUUUCGAGAGUAAAUAAACAUGAUUUUUCAAUAUAAGGCCUAGCAGUCUGAUCAAGAAACCAUGUCUGAGAACAAUUUAAGACCUCUGGGAAUCAUUACAGUGUAAAAUUUUCUAAUUGAAGUAGAAAUGAGCAUUCAUUAUUCAACCAUCUUGGCCUAAGUCCAGAACAAUGAUCACUGUACAUAUCUAAUUAAUGAGGUACUUAAUUACUUUUCAGCUUCUGCUUUGAGCUGUGAGUCACCAAGUUUUCCAGCUUGCAGUUCAAAGAACUUCAAAAAGUGUAGAAGUUUCUUUUUGUGAAUCAUAAACAGCCGAAGGAAAGGAAAAAUGAUAAGAGUUUCUCAUAGGAUAACAGUGAACUUUUGCAGCAUUGAUGAUAACUGAUAAG